AUGUUAGAAUGGAAGAUUUCAGCAUCUUACCAAAAGCUCAACCAUUCCUUCAGAAAACAUUUCAACCUAAAAGAUCCUUAUCAGCGAAAAGUUUCCACACAUCCUUCAGAUCUCCCAGAUGAAAUUAUAAUUGGAGAAUUUGUAUCCAUGAUACUUGGUAAUUAUAGGGAACAGAAGUUUAGGGAACAUCCACUUUCUUCACCACCACAAGCUUAUCUAAUCCCUAAAAACUACCAGCAUGUCCUUGCUUUUAUUUUUGCCAUCAAAGAAAUCAAUAAGAAUCCCGCACUAUUACCCAACAACACAUUACGGUCCCAGAUUUAUGACAAUGCGUACAAUUCAUGGAGAACCACUUGGACCACUUUGGAUCUUCUCUUUCUAAGAAAAGGGGAUCCACUCAAUUAUUACUGUAUCACUGAAGAGGAAGUCAUGGCCAACAUUGGGGGACUCACCUCUGAAAAUUCUAUUCACAUGGCCAACAUCUUAAGUACUUACAAGAUUCCUCAGGUUAGUUAUGGCUCCUCUGACCCCAUGUUAAGAAAGAAAAUUGGUUUUUCUUCUUUCUACCGAAUGAUUCCCAAUGAAGCUUUUCAAUACAUGGGAAUAGUUCAACUUCUGAAAUAUUUUGAAUGGAAUUGGGUUAGUCUAAUUGUUUCAGACGAUGAAAGUGGUGAAAACUUUCUUCGAACUUUGAGACCCAAGCUUCUACAGAAUAAUAUUUGCAUAGCUGGGAUACAGAUGAUCCCAAUUAUGUCACUAUUUUUAUUAAGAGAGAUACUUGAGAAAAAAAUCCUUCAAAUUCAAUCUGUUAUCUCCCAAAGUAAAAUCAAUGUGUUCCUUGUAUAUGGAAAUGUCCAGUCUCUGGAAGGAUUACAGAUGGUUUUAUACUCAAUGGAAAUUGGCCAUAACAAGCCUCUGGAGAAGGUGUGGAUCACAACAUGUGAAUGGGAUUUCACUGCUCAGAACCCUGCCAGACAAUUUAGCAAAAAAUCCUUCAAUGGAACCCUAUCAUUCUCAUUCCAUACCAAAGAUGUGCCAGGAUUUCAGAAUUUUCUUGAGAAAAUAAAUCCUCUGAAGUCUACAUUUUAUUUCCUGUCUGAAUUCUGGACAUCAACAUUCUUCUGCUCACUCAACAUCCAUAUAGUUUAUGGACAGAAAAUGAGGAAUUGCACUGGGGAAGAGAAGCUGGAGAACCUUCCUGAUUUUGUCUUUGAAAUGGGGAUGUCUGGUUGGAGUUAUAGCAUCUACAAUGCUGUUUAUCUUGUGGCACAUUCUCUCCAUGCUUUGUAUUCCUGGAGGAACAAACGGAGGGAAAGCAGAAAUCAAGGCCAAUGGAAUCUCCAAAAUGUUCCUCCCUGGCAGGCGACUGGUGGUACUCGGUUACUGGCAUAUCGUAAAAGUGGAUCCUCCUUCAGGGAGGAUCUCAACACAAAUGGGGACCCCAACCCCCAAGGUGUGCCUAUUCAGAACUGGGCCAUGCAAGUGGUGUGCAGGCAUAUGUAUGAACAUGUGAAGCUCCAUUUGUGUAAGCUUUAUGCACCUGCUGCUCAUGCAAAUGGAGCUGAGUGUGCUCACCCAUUGCUUGUGCAAAACUAUUCCCUCUCCCCACCACUGCUGUCUUCAGAUGCAGAUGAAUGUGAGUCUUGCCACGAAGAACAGUAUCCUAACACAAAUCAACAAGAAUGCAUUCCCAAAGUAAUGGCUUACCUGUCCUAUAAAGAUGGCUUGGGAACAGCUCUGACAUCUUUGGCACUUUUUCUUUCUCUGACCACACUUAUUGUUAUGGCAAUCUUUAGGUUACACUCGAAUACUCCCAUUGUGAAAGCCAACAAUUGGAGCAUCACAUGUAUCCUACUCACCUCUCUGCUGCUAUGUUUUCUUUGCUCCCUCUUCUUCAUAGGAAGACCUAGCAAGGAAACCUGCCUUUUAAGGCACGCUGUGUUUGGUAUCACCAUCUCUGUUGCUGUUUCCUGUGUACUGGCCAAAACGAUCACUGUGGUUCUGGCUUUUGUGGCUACAAAACCAGGGAACAAGAUGAGGAAAUGGGUAGGAAAGAGGCUAGCAAUUUUGGUUAUUGUGCCUUGUUCUUUGAUUCAUAUUGUCAUCUGUGCUGUUUGGUUAGUGAACAAGCCCCCUUUUCCAGAAUUAGAGAAGCAUUCCCAAGUGGGUGAGAUCUUAGUGAAAUGCAACGAAGGCUCAGAGAUGAUGUUUUACAUUGUCUUGGGCUACAUGGGUCUUCUGGCCAUUGUCAGCUUCACAGUGGCUUUCUUUGCCAGGAAAUUGCCUGACAGUUUCAAUGAAGCCAAGUUCAUCACUUUCAGCAUGUUGGUGUUUUGCAGUGUUUGGAUUUCCUUCAUCCCCACCUACUUGAGCACCAAGGGCAAAUUGAUGGUAGCCGUGGAGAUUUUCUCCAUCUUAACCUCUGCUUUUGGUUUAUUGAGUUGUAUUUUCCUUCCCGAAUGCUAUAUUAUUAUAAUACAUCCUGAAUUAAAUAAAAAGGAGCAAAUGGUAAGGAAAAGAAAUGAUUGA